GUGAACUUACUGACGCUGGACCUACCGACGGAAUUCGCCCUCUGUCAUGUGUGUCGAUCUCAAAUUUUCAAAGACACCCAAAUCUACGUACUUUUAGUUUGAGAAGAAUGUUUAUUUUCAAUGGGUGUGAGUCGGCUUGAUGUUCUUUAUAGAAGGCUUCUCCUCACCAAACUCUUCAUCCAAGGGUGGGGGAAGCCAGAGGACCUGAAAAGAAUAUUCGAGUUUAGGAAAAUCAUAGGCAACAGGGAGAGGUGCAAGAAUCUGGUACCAAGGGACUAUCCUAUAUUUAUUGAUAAAGUAGAGGAUCACUCCGAUUGCAAAAUUCACAACGGACAUUUUAUAUCACCUCUGGAGCAUUUUGUCCCCGGCAUCUUGCCAACAGAGUCCAUCAAAGCCCGAUUCCAGUUUGUCGUACCCAAGAAAUGGAAGAGACACAGACCAGUUUGUAUUCAUUUGGCUGGAACUGGAGACCACUUUUUCUGGAGAAGACGAACCCUGAUGGCUAGACCGAUGGUCAAAGAAUCAGGGAUGGCGUCGCUUCUGUUGGAAAAUCCUUAUUACGGGUACAGGAAACCUAAAGACCAACUUCGCUCCAGUCUGAAGAAUGUAUCAGACCUGUUUGUUAUGGGUGGAGCCCUUAUCCUGGAGUCUGCAGCUCUGCUACACUGGCUGGAGCGAGAGGGUUUCUGGCCUCUGGGCAUGACUGGCAUUUCUAUGGGAGGACAUAUGGCAUCAUUAGCUGUAACUAACUGGCCCAAACCGAUUCCGCUGAUACCUUGUUUAUCCUGGACUACUGCCUCAAGUGUUUUUACCACAGGUGUUUUAAGUAGAGCUGUGAACUGGAGGGAACUUGAAAAGCAGUAUGCUGCACAUACUGUGUAUGAGGAGGAAAUCACCAAUAUGCUGGAGUAUUGUGGGACAGAUUCUUUCCGGAUGGGCCAGGAAUUUGUGAAAAACGCCCCAGGCAGCUUUGACAGACUCACAGACCUGGAUCUCACCCAUGACCUCCUUAACCUGCACUCAACAAAGAGGGACCAGAUGGGGCCAGGCUCGUCAGCCUCGUGUUCUCCGCCAGGGGGCGGAGGUCACUCCUCUGACUCUGCCCUGCUGUUGGUGCGGAGAGAGAGAGAUGGACUGGAUCAGAUGCUGUCUGCUGUGAGCAGUAGUGGGCCUCAUUUGGACAUGCUACAUGCAAAGAACAUCACCUGCGGGUCAGGCCAGCGACAGUCGCUGCAGCAAGAGUCUCUCUGCUUCAUGAAGGGAGUUAUGGACGAAUGCACACACAUCGCCAAUUUUUCAGUGCCUGUAGAUCCCAGUCUGAUCAUAAUAGUCCAGGCAAAAGAAGAUGCAUAUAUUCCUCGAACUGGAGUUCGCAGCUUGCAGGAGAUCUGGUCUGGCUGUGAGGUUCGCUACCUCAAGGGAGGCCACGUCAGCGCUUACCUCUUCAAGCAAGGACUGUUUCGGCAAGCAAUUUAUGACGCCUAUGACCGGUUUCUUCAGAAGUAUUCCAGCUUUUAGCCAUGGAAUUUUUGGUGCUCAAUAUGGACUAGAAUCGUGGCAUUUCGAAAGUAUGAUGUGGAGAACACAAUGUGAUGUCCUUGUACAGCAAAAUUGACAUUGACUGAAGUCAACUUACACUUUUGUGCAACCCAUACAAAACCCUGUCUUCCUGACCAUGCUGCCUUAUAUCACAUGUCAUGACUGAAACAUACUUAACAAGGAAGAGACAAAGAUGUGCCUCCGAACCCAUAAUUCACUCACUCAUCAAGGUGUCUUUAAACCUCUUAAAGGAGCAGGUCGUGGAGAAAUAUGUUUUGAAUUGUAGUGUAAAUGACUGAAGUGUGCCAUCAGAAUCUCUCCUUAAUAUGUUAUGGAUUACUUUAAACUUAAGGUUCAACUCAACAUAAAAAUGAUUAAAAGAUUAUUGUAUUUCCUCAAUGACAAUCACAAUAGAAUAGUAUUUUUUUUUUAGAGUGUUAUUUUUUUGUUUUGUUUUUAAGGAAAUUAAGAAAGUAAUUUUUCUUGUUUUGCUACAUUAUUAUUGUAGAUUUAUUACUACUAUAUAACUUCUAAAAUGUGUCUCUGAAAAAAAAAAAAAGUACAAGAAAGUAUUAAAAAAACAAAAAGAGGCUCUUUUAGAGAUAAUGAUAGCAAAUUAAAAUCCUUCCGAAAUGUAGACAUAUCUUUUGUGUGUUAGUGAAUGUAAUAUUUACAGUCACACUUUGACUCUUUGAGACUGAUGCGUUAGUUUGGUGAUGAUGUUAAGACUUAGACACGAACACAAUUUAAAAAAUAAAUUUUCUGUGAACUGGAUUUUGAACUUUGUGCUUCAUAUAUUUCAAUUGUUUAAUUACUAAUCUCUGCCAAAUUCUACAAUAAUAUACUGUGUGCAAUCCAUCCAUCCAUCGUCAACCGCUUAUCCUGUGUACAGGGUCGUGGGGGGCUGGAGCCUAUCCCAGCUAACAUUGGGCGAAAGGCGGGGGACACCCUGGACAGGUCGCCAGUCCAUCACAGGGCCACACAUAGACAGACAUACACUCACACUCACCUCCACAUCCACAUCCACAUCCACAUCCACACCUAUGGCAAUUUUUUUUUUGACACCAAUUAACCUAGCCUGCAUGUCUUUUGGAUGGUGGGAGGAAGCCGGAGUACCCGGAGAGAACCCACGCAGACACGGGGAGAACAUGCAAACUCCACACAGAAAGGCCGGGGCAACCAGGGUUUGAACCCACGACCUUCUUGCUGUGAGGCGACAGUGCUAACCGCUGCACCACCAUGCCGCCCCACUGUGUGCAAUAAUAGUGUUUAUUAUUGAAAAAUUGUCUGUAUUAUUACCUGUAAUGAUACUUUUAUCUGAUCCAUCAUGUGUUCAAUAUUCACUGUAUUCAUCAGAAUUAAUUUCUCUUUCUUCACUAUAAAA